ACAAUAGCGGGCCACCUGGGACGCCGCGCACUCCGAGCUCCCACGCUCGGGGCGGGGACCGGGGAUGGGCCUGGGGGCCCGGCCGCUCCUCAGAGCUCCAUCCCCGCUCUGCCCCGGCCGAGGGUGGGGCUGUCCGCAGCGCCCAGGCGCUGUAGGAGGUGGCGGGUAAUCCCAGGAGUGAAGCGUUUGGUCAAAGUAUUUCAGGAACGGGAUCCUCUCCACCAUUGCUCUGCCCCGGGGAGGGAAACUGAGUCGAAAGGACAGAAGAGGGAGCGAUUUGCCCAAGGAAUCUGCAGGCAUUGUGGGACUAUUUCAGAUUGCCCAGCACCAGUCAGCCUCUUGUGUGUGUCUCCCCCAUCCCCACUCCCCAGCUCCACCGGGCAGGUAGGACUGGGGCAGGUGUCAGCUCUGUGACCUACCGCCAUGGAUGGAGAGGGACUGUUUGAUGAAGAAAUUCUGGCCAGUCUGGGUGAAUUGACUGUCAGUGGUUUUGACGAAGCCUGCCGUUCUCCUUUUGGGGAAUCCGAAUGAGGAAGAUCGAAGACAGCGGUCGCCGGCAAGCCAAGGACGUUUCUGUAUAAUCAGUGGAUGAAAGGAUUUUUCUUAGAGUCUUUUAUGGCCCCCUUUCCUUGAGGAUUAAUCCACCACAAUCUACAAUUCCACUAGGAACCGCAAGGCGCACGAUGUGGCAAGAGCCUGGAGCACCUUCCGAAUUCUGGACCCUUCCCUUGGCAUAGGGGAGUUUUCACCCACCCACUACUCCCCUCUUCCCAGCCCCCCUACCCUCUUUCCGAUCUCUUUCCUAUAAUCCGCUCUCUCUUGCGUUUCGAAUUAAGUUCUGUUUCCAAAACCGCCCUCGGAGAGCUGUGAAUGGAUUGCCAGAGAUGAGCGAUUAGGAGCUGGGGGAAGCAGAAGCUCCUGAGGCUGGGUCUGCUGGCGGCUGCCGACAUGAAGUGCUUCUUCCCAGUGCUGAGCUGUCUGGCCGUGCUGGGUGUGGUGGCAGCUCAGCGGCAAGUCACUGUUCAGGAAGGUCCCUUGUACCGCACGGAGGGCUCCCACAUCACCAUCUGGUGCAAUGUGAGUGGCUACCAGAGGCCUUCUGAGCAGAACUUCCAGUGGUCCAUCUACCUGCCCUCAGCACCUGAGCGAGAGGUGCAGAUCGUUAGCACCGUGGACUCUGCCUUCCCUUAUGCCAUCUAUACCCAGCGUGUCCGCAGCGGAAAAAUCUAUGUGGAGCGUAUCCAGGAGAACUCAGCUUUGCUGCACAUCACGGACCUCCAGGCCCGAGAUGCCGGGGAGUAUGAGUGCCACACGCCCAACACGGAUGAACGCUACUUUGGGAGUUACAGUGCGAAGAUGAACCUUGUGGUGAUCCCAGAUACCCUGCAGGCCACUGCUGUGCCCCAGACUCUGCACAAAGUGGAGCAGGACCCAUUGGAGCUCAGCUGUGAGGUGGCCACCGACACAUUGCAACAUAGCCACCUGUCUGUGACCUGGCUGAGGCAGAGAGGUGGCGAGAAGCCUGUGGAAGUCAUUGCUCUGAGUCAGGACUUGGUGCUGCACUCCAGCAGCGAGUACGCCCAGAGGCAGAGCCUUGGCGAGGUGCGGCUGGACAAGCUGGGCCCUACCACCUUCCGCCUCACCAUCUUCCACCUGCAGUCCUCCGACCAGGGCGAAUUCUACUGUGAGGCUGCCGAGUGGAUUCAAGAUCCUGAUGGGUCAUGGUACGCCAUGACCCGGAAGCGCUCCGAGGGCGCCGUGGUCAACAUCCAACCCACAGACAAAGAUUUCACUGUUCGUCUGGAGACGGAUAAGCGGCUGCACACGGUCGGUGAGCCUGUGGAGUUUAGGUGCAUCCUGGAAGCCCAGAAUAUUCCUGAUCGACACUUUGCCGUCUCCUGGGCCUUCAACAGCUCUCUCAUUGCCAGCAUGGGGCCCAACGCUGUGCCGGUCCUCAAUAGCGAAUUUGCCCACCGGGAAGCCAAAGGACAGCUGAAGGUGGCCAAAGAGAGUGAUGGUGUCUUCGUACUGAAGAUCUUCCACCUCCGUCAGGAGGACAGUGGGAAGUAUAACUGUCGGGUGACCGAGCGGGAGAAGACUAUCACUGGGGAGUUCAUCGACAAGGAAAGCAAGCGUCCCAAGAACGUCCCCAUCAUCGUCCUGCCCCUCACAGAUAACUGGGUAGUUAAAGUCCCCGAGCACCACCAGCUCCUGCCCCAAGGCCACUUGGAGAGCAGCAUCUCCGUGGAGGUGGCCAGCAAUGCCAGCGUCAUCCUCGAGGGCGAGGCGUUGCGCUUCCUCUGCAGCAUCCGCACAGCGGGCAGGCAACAGGGCCGCUUCUCAGUCAUCUGGCAGCUCGUGGACAGGCAGAACCGGCGCAACAACAUCAUGUGGCUCGACCGGGACGGCACCGUGCAGCCAGGCGCGUCCUAUUGGGAGCGCAGCAGCUUCGGGGGCGUCCAGAUGGAGCAGGUGCAGCCCAACGUGUUCAGCCUGGGCAUCUUCGACAGCAGGAAGGAGGACGAGGGCCAGUACGAGUGCCAUGUGACUGAGUGGGUGCGGGCCGUGGAUGGCGAGUGGCAGAUCGUGGGGGAGCGCCGGGCUAGCACCCUGGUCUCCAUCACAGCCCUUGAGAUGGGCUUUGCGGUCACAGCCAUCUCCCGCACCCCUGGCGUGACCUACAGUGAUUCCUUCGACUUACAGUGCAUCAUCAAACCUCACUAUCCGGCCCGGGUCCCCGUGUCAGUGACCUGGCGCUUCCAGCCUGUGGGCACCAUGGAGUUCCAUGACCUGGUGACCUUCACGCGGGAUGGAGGAGUCCAGUGGGGGGACAGGUCCUCCAGCUUCCGGACUCGGACUGCCAUCGAGAAGGCUGAAUCCAGCAACAACGUACGCCUGAGCAUCAGCCGGGCCAGUGACACGGAAGCAGGCAAGUACCAGUGUGUGGCGGAGCUCUGGCGGAGGAAUUACAACAACACGUGGACACGGCUGGCUGAGAGGACCUCCAACCUGCUGGAGAUCAGGGUGCUACAGCCAGUGACGAAGCUGCAGGUGAGCAAAUCCAAGAGGACCCUCACCCUGGUGGAGAACAGGCCCAUUCAGCUGAACUGCUCGGUGAAGUCUCAGACCAGCCAGAACUCCCACUUUGCUGUGCUCUGGUAUGUGCACAAGCCCUCAGAUGCUGACGGCAAGCUCAUCCUUAAGACCACCCACAGUUCUGCCUUCGAGUAUGGCACCUAUGCCGAGGAGGAGGGCCUGCGAGCCAGGCUGCAGUUCGAGAGGCACGCAUCCGGAGGCCUGUUCAGCCUCACCGUGCAGAGAGCUGAGGUAACUGACAGCGGCAGCUACUACUGCCAUGUGGAGGAGUGGCUGCUCAGUCCCAACUAUGCCUGGUACAAGCUGGCAGAGGAGGUUUCGGGGCGCACCGAAGUCACCGUGAAGCAGCCAGACAGUCGCCUGAAGCUCAGCCAGGCCCAGGGGAACCUGUCCGUUCUGGAGACCCAGCAGGUACAACUGGAGUGUGUGGUCUUGAACCGCACCAGCACUGCCUCCCAGCUUGUGGUGGAAUGGUUUGUAUGGAAGCCCAACCACCCGGAGCGGGAGACCGUGGCCCGUCUGAGCCGUGAAGCCACUUUCCACUACGGUGAGCAGGCAGCCAAGAACCACCUGCAGGGCCGGUUGCAUCUGGAGAGUCCUUCCUCUGGCGUGUUCCGGCUCUUCAUCCAGAACGUGGCCGUGCAGGACAGUGGGACCUACAGCUGCCGCGUGGAGGAGUGGCUGCCCAGCCCCAGCGGCGUGUGGUACAAACGGGCCGAGGACACUGCUGGACAGACAACUGUCACAGUCAUGCGACCAGAUGCUGCCCUGCAGGUGGAUACGGUGGUCCCGAACGCCACAGUGCCUGAGAAUGCAGCCUUCCAGCUGGACUGUAGCAUUGUGUCCCGCUCCAGCCAGGACUCUCGCUUCGCUGUGGCCUGGUAUUCACUGAGGACUAAAGCUGGAAAGAAAAGGGGAAGCCCAGGCCUGGAAGAAGAGGAGGAGGAAAGUGAGGAGGAAGAGAGAGAGGACGAGGAGGAGGCCAGCGAGGCCAGCACCUCGGAGCGCAUGGUCCUGCUGAGUGUGGGACCGGAUGCAGUCUUUGGCCCGGAGGGCAGUCCCUGGGAGGGCAGGCUUCGCUUCCAGAGGCUCUCUCCGCUGCUCUACCGCCUCACCGUGCUGCAGGCCAGUCCUGAUGACACAGGCAACUACUCCUGCCGUGUGGAGGAGUGGCUGCCCAGCCCCCAGAAGGAGUGGUACCGGCUGACGGAGGAGGAGUCUGCCCCCAUUGGAAUCCAUGUUCUGGACACAGGUUCUACCCUCCAGUCUCUCAUCUGUUCCAAUGAUGCGCUCUUCUACUUCGUCUUCUUCUACCCCUUCCCCAUCUUCGGCAUCCUCGUCAUCACCAUCCUGCUGGUGCGUUUCAAAAGCCGGAACUCCAGCAAGAAUUCCGAAGGCAAGAACGGGGUGCCUCUGCUGUGGAUCAAAGAGCCACACCUCAACUACUCCCCGACGUGCCUGGAGCCCCCCGUGCUCAGCAUCCACCCGGGAGCCAUAGACUAAAGGGAGGGGAGGGCGCGCACUCAGCAGACGUCAGCCGUGGAGGAGCUGAGCCUCUCCUCUGCCUUGCUGCCUCUGUGAUCAUCCAGUUGACAGCAUCCACACUCCAGUGCCCAGGCAGAAAAAUCCUUGGACUUGCCAAGUGGUCACAGGGACAGACCACCUGCAGGGGGCAGUCACGGUCAGUUAGCUACUUGUGCCCACAUGCUGUGAUCCUGCCAUCGUCUUAGGUUUCUGGUUUCUGUCUUUGGUAAUGUGGUGAGUAGGUCCAGGUGCCACAUCUACUCACUGAUUUCUUGUAUUCUCAGAUAGAUGUUACGGGGGCUCUUCCUCUUUGUCAUGCACUCUUUUUAAAUCCCUUCUCUUUACCCCUUUCGGAUUCCAUAGUGUGUGAACAGAUUUCUCUGACAUAACAACUAUGGCAAAAGAAGGACCACAUGAUGGUGGCAAGGGAUACCAUCCAAGACAUCCCAUUUUUACGCAUUUGAAAAUGCCAUCCAUGGAACAAAGUACACUCUGAUGUUUUUUUCCUUUCUUACCAAGACUUGAACAUUGUGUGUAGUGUGGGCCCAAUUUGUAUCUUCUUUUUCAGCCCGGGUGGUUGAAACACUUUGCAGUGAAGAUGAAAGCAUUGCAUUUUGCUUCAAAGAAACUGUGGAUGGAUAUGAGGAGUCCUGCACAAGCCUGUUAAGAAUAGAUGGAGCCCGGCCAGCUUGGCUGUUGGGCUUCACUCCAUCACUGCCACAAAGUCAGAAUACCAUCUUGGAGGAUGAAUGGGUCAGAAGUCCCCUGCAGUGCAUACUGCUUGAGCCAGAGAGGGCAAUGGGCAGCUGUUAGCAUGACCAGCUUUGAGCUUGACUAAAGCUGAUGCUCAGAGAAGGAAGACAAGACAGGGCUGGUUGUAGGCUUGAUCUGUCCUGCAAGGGCAGUCUCUGAGUGACAGCUGGAGAGCAGGUGGCUUUUGUCUACAGGUGCUUUUCCAAACUCUGAAGGGGAAGGGUUGGAUGAGUCUGAAAGGGAGACAGCCUCAAGCUGAGCACAGGGGCUGAAGCAACCACUUUAUGCACAUGAUGGUGGGCUCUGGGCCAGGGACACCAAGUCUGGACAGGACUGACACUCGGGACAGGAGCAGGGAUUCCGGGACCUGGCGUUGGAAGAUAUAGAGGAAGAAUGCAGAGGUGUGAAGAUGAGAUCUUGCCUAUUCCUCAGAGACACUGUCUUCCUCCCAUACCAUCUGCCUCUUGCUCCUUCUCACUGCCAUUAGAUGAGCCAUGGGGAAGUGCAGAUCCGGUUCCAUGCAGCCCUUCCGGUCCUGUCUCAGCAGACAGGCACCACCCAUUUUGUCUGUAGAAGUUACUCUCCUCCUUUCCGUGGGUCUAUGGAAGUUUUCUCUCCUCUUUCCCUAAGGUCUUUUCUGUAGUUUUAGAUUAGUUAGAUUGUUCAUUAAUAUGAUUUUUUCACGCCCCUUCAAGCCCAGGAUUCUGGGCCAGCAUCCUACUGUCGUUGGCACCUCCAGGCCAGAUGCUGGGUGCCCUGCGCCCUUAGGCUAACUCUGAAGACAUCCUGUGAUCACACUUCCCCGGACCCAGAUCCCUUCUUCUUGGACCUCGAAGCCUGAACCUCCAGAAGGUUCCAAUUUGAGAAAAGUUACCGGGGAUUCUAUAAUGAAAGGGCAACAAAGAAAGCUUCCUGUGGGGUUGUGUUCCAGGUACAAGCAGGCUCCAGGACAGGCAGUCCUGAGGAUGUGGGUCCUCUGCAGGCGGUGUGGGCUGCCCCAUGGAUGCCAUGCCAAGCUGUGGCUGAGGGGAAGCAGGCAACUGACAAGCUGGUGCUAGCCUGUCUUUCCUGCAGACACACCCUCCUACACGACAAUGGGUAGGCCAUGCCACCUGCAUCCCAUGUUUACCCUACCAAUCUUCCAUUCUUGUUGGCCAUGCUGCAUCCCUGCCUUGGAAGUACAGAAUGGGCCCUGUCGUGAACAAAGAAGGUCUUUGGCGCCAUUUCUUCAUUGCAAGGGUGUGGGCUUGCCAUGAAAUUGCUGACUCCUACUUUACAGGCUGAGUCACACAGGAAGAAGACUGACUUUCUCUUUGUCUGAAUGGAAGGGUGCCAGAGGGCUGGCUGGGAUCCAGCUUUGAACUGGAAUUGCUUCAUCGCAGUAGGAAAGUAGGUGCUGCACGUUGUUGAGCAGGUGAAACAGUUGCAGGAAAUGUGAAAGAAGAAACCGAAGCCAGUAUUUUGAGAAUUGCUUUUUCUGUCUGUUUUCUAUUGGGCUGGGGAUACCAUCAAAGCUUGAGUUUUGGAAGCUUUCUACGAAAACCCCAGAAACCUUCUUUGGGCCAUUUCUAUGGAAAUGUGGUGUCAGAUGAAUGGUGAUGGUGCCCUCCAGUGGCUGCAAAGUCUCAUUGCACAUUGUCUACGGAAGCUUUAGUCUUGCCAGGAGUGGGACACGUGGGGGAUCUGUCUGGCCUCAGCUGUGUCUACAAUGUUGCAUUUAUGGAAAACUACACUGUGCUAGGCGCAUUUCAGGACAUGGAUAUGAUCGCACCCUCUUUGAACCAGGGUGUUUCUGUAGCAAGUUUUCAUAUUCUUUUCAAAAACAAUGGUUUCUCUGCGUUAUUUGUUGAAGGAAAACAAAGAGAUGGGGUAAGAAAAUUACCCAUGCAUGAUGUAGAGAGCUGUUGAAUUGUUUUUGUUUUUUUAAAAGAAAAACUUUGUAAGAUGUUGCAAUACUACAUUUUAUAUACACUUCAGAGACCUGUAGUAAAUUAUGUUGAAAAUACGGCUGUUUACAUUUCCUGGAGUCUACU